CAGGCGUCGCAGCGUCAGUCUGGUCCUGACAAGGCACGCACGGGCAUGGUCCUGGUCCAUCUGUGACGUGUGUAAAUAUUGUGAAUUUCAAAUUGUGAUUGUGACUGCGACGACUUUCUCCGUGUACAUACUACAUAGUGUAUGUAUGUGCGUAAAUAAUAAUAUGAAGAGAAAAAGCAACAGCGAGCUGAUGGACUAUGAACAGGUGCGCCUGUCAAUGUCUAGGACUUUGGAAGAUAAUAGACCAGUAAACGGUACACAAAUUGAAAGUUUCAUCCGUGUGCAUUCAAUUUCCUCAAAAAUCAAACAAUGUGAAAGACUGGACUUGCUUGUGGAGACCCUGGACAGUGAGCUAGAGCAUCAUGCGCGGGUCCAGUUCUUUGACAAAGCGGUUCCUAGAAUGGUGAAUGUUUUAUACAAAAUCAACCCUGGACCAAUGGACACUCUUGUUGAUAAAUUUCGCAACCACAAAAGAGAACUGACGCUUUCUCGGAGCGAAAUUGCUUGCAUCUUGGCUAAUGCUUUUUUCUGCUCUUACCCUGAUGACACCAACAUUAAUUUCUCUGAAUUAUACAGCAGAAGUUAUGGUUGUGGAUUCAAUAAAGAGAAGAUCAAGUGCGCUGUCACAUAUUUCAAUGAGGUUUUUGGGAAUGGUGAUCAAAAGAUGCUCCAGGAAAGAGUUACUUUUAAGAGAAACACCAUCCUCACAAUUCCCGACUUGAUGAACUCUACUGAACCAAUCAUUCCAUUAAAUGUGAUUCCUGGUGGAAGCAUUAGGAAGGCGUUCGAAAUGGCUCAAGUAAAUUUUGCCAACAAGUUCAUUGGAGGGGACGUGUUGGGGUCCACUUGCCUCCGCGAGGAGAUGUGGUUCAUCACUUGCCCAGAGUUAAUUGUAUCCAGGUUCUUCUCAAAGGAAAUGGAAGCCAACGAGGCUAUCAUUGUGGAGGGCGUUCUGCAGUAUGUGGAUUUCAGGGACGCCAAUAGCUAUUUCACCUGCCAAGGGCCCAUGGCAAAGAGUGCAUUCAGAGGUCCUCACACAGUCAUAUCCAUUGACGCUAUGGACUUUUCCAAUGGCAUCAAUGAAAUUGAGCAGUAUACAAAGCCCUACGUGGACAGGGAGCUGGUCAAGGCUUUUGCUGGCUUCUCGGGAACAACAGCUAAGGUCAUUGCCUCUGGAAAUUGGGGUGGAGGAUGCUUUAAUGGUGACUCAGUGCUGAAAGCCAAGAUCCAAAUGAUUGCUGCCUCUCAAGCUGGAAAAGCGCUGUACUAUUUUGCAUUUUCCAAAAAUGAGCUCAUCAAGAAACUGGAGAAUGAUGUGCUUACUGGUGACAACUUCUUUCCUCAGACAGUCGGCAAAGCUUAUCGUCAUCUUCUUCGUUUUGCCUCUCAACUUUACAAUGAAAAGAAAAGAUGCUCCUCGUUUAAUUGGCAUCAUUGAAACAACUCUUUUCACGUUAAGAAGUUAAUACUGAAAGUUUUUUUUCAUUUAAUUUUUUUGAUACAUUUUUACUCAUUCAUGUGAGUUUUACUAAAUAAACCUUGCAUAUAAAAUUUUCA